CUGUUGACUCCGGGCAGCGGGAGAGUAGGGGUGACUGAAGACCAGAUCCUGGAGGACCAGGAACUGUUGAAUCGGAUCGCUGCCGGUGAAAAGGACGCCUUGGAGACCAUUUAUGAGCGGUAUUCAUCGGCUGUUUUUUCGCUGGCCAGGUACAUGUUGCGCUCGGAGGCCGUGGCGGAAGAGGCUACCCAGGACAUUUUCCUGAAGAUCUGGCUCAAGGCUGCCAGCUAUAGCACUUCGCGGGGGCAGCCAAAGACCUGGAUAAUGAGCGUAGCCCACCACCAAAUUAUUGACAUUAUACGGUCCAGGAAGCGGUCGGCUGCCCUGUCUGAUCCUCACGAAUACGAGACCCUGGACUUGCUCCCAUCCGCUCAGAUAGCAACCGACGAAGCAGUGGUACGGAACUUGGAAGCCGAAAGGGUUCGAGAGGCGUUGGACAAGCUUCCCCCUGCCCAGCAGGAAGUAAUAGUCAUGUCCUAUUUCAAUGGGUUGUCCCAAUCUGAAAUCGCGGCGAAAUUGGGACAACCAUUGGGUACCAUCAAGACCAGAGCGCGUUUGGCUCUUCAGAAACUUAGGGAAGAACUUCGACAGAAUGACGUUGAGUAA